CAAUCCAUGAGGUUCGGGGUAAAGAUGGUGAAGGUGCCAAAAUGGAUAGCAUGGAGCUAGAACGCGAACGAGGGAUCACCAUUCAGUCUGCGGCUACUUAUUGCAAAUGGAAUUGGGACGGCCACGGGGAUUAUAGCAUCAAUAUCAUAGAUACACCCGGACAUGUGGAUUUCACCAUUGAAGUAGAACGUGCCCUUAGAGUUCUUGAUGGUGCCGUCCUAGUAUUAUGUGGUGUCUCUGGUGUUCAGAGUCAAACAAUUACCGUUGAUCGUCAGAUGCGUCGUUACGACGUCCCUCGUAUAUCGUUCAUUAACAAAUUGGAUCGUAUUGGUGCAAAUCCUUUCGCGAUCAUUGAACAAAUCAGACACAAAUUAAGAAUCACGGCAGCUGCAGUACAAAUUCCUAUUGGUCUCGAAGAAAAUCUCAAGGGUAUUGUUGAUUUGAUUAAAUGGAAGGCAGUGUAUAAUGAAGGCGAUCGAGGUGAAAAAGUAAUCGAAAAAGAAAUCCCCGAUGAUUUGAUGGACUUGGCCGUAAAGAAACGUCAGGAAUUGAUUGAGAAUUUGGCUGAUGUGGAUGACCAGAUGGCCGAGAUAUUUUUGAUGGAGGAGAAUCCUACUUCCGAACAACUGAUGGAUGCUGUCCGACGUGCAACCAUUGCAAACAAAUUCACACCAGUCCUGAUGGGAUCUGCUUUUAAGAAUACAGGGGUUCAAACUGUUCUUGAUGCGGUCUGCGCGUUUUUACCUAACCCUACUGAAGUACAUAACACAGCGCUUGAUAUAAGUCGCAACGAGGCCAAAGUUGAUAUCAUUCCCUAUUCAAAAAAUCCCUUUGUUGGUUUGGCGUUUAAAUUGGAAGAUGGGAAAUAUGGUCAACUAACUUACGUCCGAGUUUAUCAGGGUUCUCUCAAGAGAGGAUCUUUUAUAACGAAUUCGAAGACCUCGAAGAGAGUUAAGGUUCCAAGGCUUGUUCGGAUGCACUCCAAUGAGAUGGAGGAUGUUGAUGAAGUUGGCGCAGGGGAAAUAUGUGCUCUGUUUGGCGUUGAUUGCUCUUCGGGGGACACGUUUACCGACGGGACUCUAAACUACACAUUAACGUCCAUGUUUGUCCCGGACCCAGUAAUAUCGUUGUCUAUUGCACCAAAGGUGAAGGAUUCCGCUAAUUUUUCAAAGGCACUAAAUAGGUUUCAAAGAGAGGACCCUACCUUCAGAGCUUCAUAUGAUACGGAGAGUAAAGAAACGAUUAUAUCCGGAAUGGGUGAAUUGCAUUUGGACAUUUACGUCGAGCGCAUGAGAAGAGAAUAUAACGUCGAUUGCGUUACCGGAAAGCCGCAGGUGGCUUUCCGAGAAACCAUAACGGCUACGGCAAAAUUCGAUUAUACACAUAAGAAGCAAACGGGUGGUGCAGGACAGUAUGGUAAAGUUACUGGGUACAUUGAACCAUUGGAGGAGGCGAGUGAAGGCGAAGAACAACUACCAGUUUUUGAAAGUCGAGUGGUGGGAGGACACAUUCCACAUAAUUUUAUUCCAGCCGUUGAAAAGGGUUUUCUAGACGGAUUGGAAAAAGGCACGUUAAUUGGUCAUCCUGUGAAGAAUGUCAGAUUUGUUCUGGAGGAUGGCGCACAUCACGCAGUCGAUUCCUCUGAACUCGCAUUUCGUCUUGCUGCACUAUAUGCAUUUAGGGAUGCGUUUCUAAGGGCGAAACCCGUGAUCUUGGAGCCAAUUAUGAACGUAUCCGCCACUGCUCCGCUUGAAUUCCAAGGUACGGUAAUAGGUAAUUUGAAUAAACGAAAGGGUGUCAUUAUCGACACAGAGGUACAUGAGGAUUAUUUUAUUGUGAAUGCCGAAGUUUCUUUGAAUAGUAUGUUUGGCUAUUCAUCAGAUUUGAGGAGCGCCACGCAGGGCAAGGGAGAAUUUUCCAUGGAGUACAAGGAUCAUCGACCCGUAUUGCCCAACAUUCAGGAAGAGUUAAUUAAUGAAUACAAGAAGAAAAAGGAAGCCGAGAAGAAAUAA